AAAGUGAAAGUCCAUAAGGAGGGAGGCGGUUGCAUGACAGAAACCUGCAGUUCGGUCCUCCACUGAAGCCAAUAUGGGAUCAGGCCAGGGGAUGAAGGGGCUACGGUGGUUGUUUACCUCCGCGGCUUUUAUUUCCCUGAUUUCUCAUACAACAGGGUCUCCGAUGAAGGUGAUGUCUGCUCCCAAUUUGCUGCGGGUAGGCAGGGCAGAAAACAUCUUUGUGGAGUGCCAAGACUGCCCCGAUGACAACAACAUCACAGUCAACAUCAAUGUAAUGAACUAUCCAACCAAAUCUAAACAACUUGCACACACCUCUGUGAAACUUACCACGGCAAACAGAUUCCAACACUUUGGCCAAAUUGAGAUUCCUGCUGACGACUUCAGUCGCAGUCCAAACACGAAGCAGUACGUCUACCUGCAAGCUCUGUUCCCAGAUGCAAAGCUGGAGAAAGUUGUCCUUCUAUCCUUCCACGCCGGCUACAUCUUCAUCCAGACGGACAAAGCACUCUACACACCCAACAGCAAAGUUUAUUACAGGGUAUUUGCAAUGACACAAGACAUGAAGCCUGUGGAGAGGGGUAACAGGACCCAAAUGGACACUUCUAUUGUCAUUGAGUUUCUGACCCCUGAAGGCAUCAUCCUACCAUUGGACCCAGUUUCUCUGAGGUCGGGGAUUCAUUCUGGAGACUUUAAACUUCCUGAAGUUGUCAGUGUUGGACUUUGGAACAUAAGGGCACGGUUUCACAGCAAACCAAAGAUGAGUUACUCUGCCCAAUUUGAGGUCAAAGAGUAUGUACUGCCUAGUUUUGAAGUUAAACUGAUGCACCGAGGCUCAUUCUUCUUUUUGGACAGCCAAGAACUCCACAUAGACAUCAAAGCCAUGUACAUGUUUGGGGAAGGAGUUGAAGGGACCGCCUAUGGAGCCUUUGGAGUUAUGCUUGGGAAUCAAAAAAAGAGUUUUCCCAGCUCACUUCAGAGAGUGUCGAUUGAAAACGGAGAAGGGUUCGUGACCCUGAGGAGAGAACACAUCACUCAGACCGUUGAAAACAUCACUGAUCUUCUCGGGAGCUCCAUUUUCGUGGCUGUCACCGUGCUGACUGACAGCGGUAGUGAGAUGGUGGAGGCAGAGCUGAGAGAUAUCUACAUUGUCAUAUCCCCUUAUAUCAUCCAGUUCACCAAGACACCCAAGUAUUUCAAACCAGGAUUGACUUUUGAUCUUGCGCUUGAAGUUUUGAAUCCUGAUGGCACUCCAGCUCAAGGGGUUCCUGUUUCAGUCGAUGAAACUGAAGUUGAAGGCAUUACCUCUGCCAACGGUAUGGCAAGACUAUCUAUCAAUACAGUGGCUAAAGCUGAACCACUGAAGAUCACGGUGAGGACCAAUAAUCCUCGAAUUCCAGCUGAAAGGCAAGCAUCAGCUUCCAUGACUGCUCUCCCUUACCGCUCAGCAAGCAGCAAUUAUAUCCAUAUUGGAGUGACUACAGCAGAAGUAAAACUGGGAGAUAACCUGAAAAUGAACAUCAACCUCAACAAACUGGAAAAUGUGGAAACUGACAUAACAUAUUUGAUCCAGAGCAAAAGUCAGUUGAUAAAGUACGGACGUUUCAAAGUGAAAGGUCAAGCCAUGAUUUCCAUGUUAUUCACCAUCACUAAAGAGUUCCUGCCAUCCUUUCGCAUCGUCGCCUACUACCAUCCAAACGAUGAUGAGGUGGUGUCAGACUCAGUCUGGGUGGAUGUAAAAGAUGCAUGCAUGGGCUCGUUGAAAAUAGAGCCGCAGACAUCUUCUGCCUCUUAUGAACCUCGCAAGAAGUUUGGCCUGAGAGUCACAGGAGAUCCUAGGGCCACAGUGGGACUGGUGGCCGUGGACAAAGGUGUGAUUGCUCUAAACAAGAAAUACCGUCUGACACAGAAAAAGGUGUGGGACACAGUUGAAAACUAUGACAUCGGCUGCACACAUGGGGGAGGAAAGGACAGCAUGAGUGUGUUUUACGAUGCUGGACUGUUGUUUCAGUCCAACUUAGGAUCUGGGACUCCGUACAGAAAAGAGCUGACGUGCUCGGCCCUCAGCAGGAGGAAACGGGACGCUGCCAUGAUGAACUUCACCACCAACCUAUUGAGUCAAUAUGAUGAUGAACUGCAGCGGGACUGUUGUUUGGACGGCAUGAGGGACACCACAGUUUCGUACUCCUGUGAGCGUCGCAGUGAGUACAUCUCAGAUGGUCCGGGCUGCGUCGAGGCCUUCCUGCACUGCUGCACAGAGAUGGAAAGAAAACAAGCUGAGAGGAGGAAGGAAAACCUGAAACUGGGCCGCAGUGAAAGUGACGACAACAGCUACAUGGACAGCAAUGACAUAGUCUCUCGCACCAACUUCCCUGAGAGCUGGCUGUGGUCUGACAUCAAACUGCCCCCCUGUCCAUCAGAGACACCAAACUGUGAAACGACAUCAUUCGAAAAGACUGUGCCUCUCCAAGAUACAAUAACAACAUGGCGGUUCACAGGAAUUGGUCUGUCAACAACUGGUGGCCUCUGUGUGGCCGACCCGCUGGACAUUAUUGUCCGUAAGGAUAUCUUCAUUGAUCUCAAACUACCCUACUCAAGUGUUCGUGGAGAGCAGCUAGAAAUUAAAGCAGUUCUGCACAACUACAAUCCCGAUCCUGUCACUGUACGCGUGGACCUAAUAGAGGAAGCUCAUGUGUGCAGUGCAGCUUCUAAGCGUGGGAAAUAUCGGCAGGAGGUUAAAGUUGGGGCCAGAAGCACAAGAUCAGUUCCUUUUGUUAUCAUUCCAAUAAGAGAUGGACAUUUUCGUAUUGAAGUCAAGGCAGCUGUUAAGGACUCUGUACUCGGAGAUGGAAUUGUAAAAACACUGCGAGUUGUGCCUGAAGGUUUACUGAUAAAAUCUCCUCAAAUUAUAACGUUGGACCCUGAAAAUGAAGGAAAAGACGGUAAACAAGUGCAACUCCUCCGCAGUAAUAUUCCUCUAAUCGACAUUAUACCAAACUCGCCCACCAGCACACAAAUAGCCGUUACAGGAACAAAGCCUAAGGAAGAGCUCAAGAACAGCAUUAGUGGAGAAACAAUGGGCGCUCUGAUCUACCAGCCUUCUGGCUGUGGAGAGGAAAACAUGAUCCACAUGACCAUGCCCGUCAUCGCAACCAUGUAUUUGGACAUGACCAAUCAGUGGGAAGGCGUGGACAUCGAUAGACGCGACGAAGCCCUGAACCACAUCAGCACUGGUUACCAUAAUCAGCUGAGCUACCGUAAAAAAGAUGGGUCUUUUGCUGGGUAUCCUGAUCAUGAAAGUAGUACCUGGCUGACGGCGUAUGUUGUCAAGGUGUUUUCUCUGGCCAGCAACCUGGUGGCCGUACAAGGCAAAGUCAUCUGUGACGCCGUCAAGUUUUUGAUUCUCAGCGCACAGCAGUCUGACGGGACCUUCAGGGAAGUUGGAAGCGUAUCCCACCCAGAGAUGCUUGGCGAUGUCCACGGCACAGAUUCUGACGUGUCCCUGACGGCCUUCUGCCUCAUUGCCAUGCAGGAUUCACGCAGGUUAUGUGGUAACAGUAUUAAUACUUUACAAGACAGCAUAAAGAAAGGAGUGAGCUUUCUGCAAAAACGCCUGCAGACCCUAGUCAACCCUUAUGCAGUCGCCAUGGCAUCGUAUGUCCUGGCCAACGAAAACAAUCUGAACCUGGAGAUCCUGCACAGCUUUGCCUCCCCAGAUCUGUCCCACUGGCCUACACCAAUGGGUCGUGUUUUUACGCUAGAAGCCACUGCAUAUGCUCUUCUGGCUCUUGUCAAAGCCAAGGCUUUUAAAGAAGCCAUACCAGUUGUGGAGUGGUUCAACAAGCAGCAACGAGAAAAUGGAGGCUAUGGAUCAACUCAGGCCACAGUGACAGUGUACCAGGCCGUGGCAGAGUACUGGGCCAGUGAAAGAGAUCCAGACUAUGAUCUAAAUGUGGACAUCUUGCUGCCGGGCAGAUCAAAGCCUGAAAAAUACAACUUCAACAGGGGGAACCACUUUGCCACAAGAACCUCUAAGAUCAAUAAUAUAAACCAAGACGUGACAGUUGUUGCCACAGGCCCAGGAGAAGCCACAGUGACCAUGGUGUCGUUGUUUUACGCUUUACCCAAAGAAAAGCACAGUGACUGUCAGAAGUUUAACAUGUCGGUACAACUCCUCCCAGAAACAACAGAUGAAACUGAGAAGAUUUACAAGAUGAAAAUAGAGCUUUUAUAUAAGGACAAACAUCGAGAUGCAGCCAUGACAGUGUUGGAUAUUGGGUUGCUAACGGGCUUCACUGUUAACACCAAAGAUCUCAACCUUUUAUCUAAAGGCCGUGCCCGCAGUAUCUCAAAAUACAAGGAGAGCAUCGGUGACUCUGAAAGAAGCUCCCUCAUCAUCUACAUGGACAAGGUUUCACACACAAAACCAGAGGAGAUCGUUUUUAGGAUUCACCAGAAGCAGCUAGUAGGCGUUUUGCAACCAGCAGCUGUGUCUGUUUAUGAGCACAACAGCCCUCAGUAUGAGACACGUUGUGUGAGAUUCUACCAUCCAGAGAGGACGUCUGGAAAGCUGCUUCGACUCUGCAGAAACGAUGAGUGCAUAUGUGCCGAAGAAAACUGCAGUAUGCAGAAAAAGGGCAAUAUCAGCAAUGAUGAGCGGACAGCUAAGGUUUGUGAGACUGAACUGAACAGCAAAAUAGAUUUUGCUUACAAAGUGAGAGUGGAAGGGUUUGCAGAUGGUUUGUCCACCGAUCUCUACACAGUGCUUGUGCUCGAUGUCAUAAAAGAAGGAAGCUCAGAUGUGGGUCCUCAGAAUAAAAGGCGCACACUCCUCAGUUAUCGGCACUGCAGAGAAGCUUUAGAUGUAAAAAUAGGCAAAAACUAUCUCAUCAUGGGCACCUCAAAGGAUAUUUACGCUGAUGAAGCAAGUCAGUCGUACCAAUAUGUGCUUGGUGAGAGGACCUGGGUCGAGUACUGGCCCACUGAAAGGGAAUGUGGAACCAAGGAACACAAACCCACCUGUGAGGGAAUGGAGGAGAUGGUCCAGCAGUACACUCUCCAUGGAUGUAGACAUUAGUAAAACAAGUGAAUACGUGAACAAACUUCCUGUUUUUCAAAGUUCACUGAUGCAAGAGAUUCAAUUUUGUGUGGUUGCAAACAAAAUACAAAAGGUUCAGCGUAAACAGAGACAGUUAUGUUAAAUCAAAUAAAAUUGUUUUAAAUCAAAAUG